CCAAUAUCAAUAGCACACCUGGUUACACGGAUAUCGAAUUAAUUUAUUGAAAGUAAACACGUAAAAGUCUCUCGUAACCAAUUUCGAGAACGCCAAGUGCAUUUAUUAAUCUACCAAAAUGAGCAAACCGGGCAGCAGUGCGCCACCGCAGUUCACCUAUGUGCCGCCUCCCUCGGCGCCACCGUCCUACCAGGAGGCCGUCGGCGGGGUGAAGCCUGUGGGUCCCUACACGCCGGUGGCAAACACCACGAUUGUGACCACUGUGGUGCCCAUUAGCCGCACCUCGACCCACAUGAUCUGUCCGUCUUGCCAUGCUGAGAUCGAAACGACGACGCGCACAGAGCCUGGAAUGAUUGCCUACUUGUCUGGAUUUCUGAUUGCAUUGUUCGGUUGCUGGCUGGGAUGCUGUCUGAUACCCUGUUGCAUCGACGACUGCAUGGAUGUCCAUCACACGUGCCCCAACUGCCGGGCGUACCUGGGCCGCUACCGUCGAUAAUUCGGCCCAAUCCCAAUCCAAACGAAUCUGGAAGCUCCAAUAUCACCGUGGUGUAGGCGGCUUACUUUAAGAGAGCGUUUUGCCUUUAUUUAUUUAAUUGUAGAAAUGUCAUUCGGAUUCCGACGAGACAAGGCUUCCCCUAAUCUAACGCUAACUUUUCUAAAUUGCUCAACCCGUCUUACCCCCGUUUCGAUCGUUUUUAUUUGGCAUAAGCUAACUCUUUACCUGUUGAUUGUACGUUUCUGCCACAGACUAAAGAUAGGUAUAUAUGUAUGUAAAUUAAACGGUCCAGCCAUCCGCGGAUAGAUUACUACAAAAAUGAAAUAAACUUGCUUUUGUACGCAAACUCGGCCCGGAACCAUAAGCACUUUGAGACGCGCUUAUAAAUAUCAGCACAAAUUGUAAAUCCAUUGAACUUCGGCCCUAGUUUUGUUGCACAUCGAUGGUCAAGCAAGUGACCUAAAUUAGUUUUUAGUCAUUUUAGCUAAAGACAAAUACAAGAUAUUUUUGUAACAAUUUGUAAAGAAUCUUCAGCGAAAGUGCAUAUUGUACACUAUAAAAGCUAAUCCGUGUAAAAAUUAA